UUCAUCAUCAACAACAACAAAAACAGCCAUGUUUCGUUGUCAAACAAAACAUUUGCUCACUGGUGAAAUAAAACAAAGUGCCAAUUAUGGACGACUUAUUGUCACUGAUGCUCAAUCACGAAUGCCACCAAAAAUUAUCGCUACAAUAGGCUAUAAUAAUAAUAAUGGUGGUGUUAAUAGUCCAACUAAUAAAAAUUUCGGUUAUAAUCGAAAACAAAAAGUGAUAGCCAAUUUUGGUGAUAUUAUCGAGCUACCAUGUUUAGUACAAGCUAAUCCUUGGCCAACAUUCACCUGGUAUCGAAUGAAUCAUAAUAAUAAAUAUUCAUCAAUUACACAACCAACAAAAUUUAAUGAUCCACAACAUCAAUCAUCAUCAUCAUUGUUAACGCCUAUAUUGAGUGGCGCAAAAAAAAUUAUUCAAAUUGAUAGUUCAUUAUUUAUACACGAUGUGUCGCUACUGGACAGUGGAAUAUAUGUGUGUAUUGCAAAUAAUUCACUUGGCCAAGAUCGUAUUGAAACCGAAUUGAUUGUUAAAGCACCAUUACAUGUUCAAAUAAUACCAUCGAUCAUCAAGGCAAUCGAUGGUGAUACCAUCGAAUUUAAUUGUACCAUAUCAACUGGAAGUCGUAAUAUAAAUAUUGAUGAUGGAAAUUCAUUAAUCGAUCGUAUACGUUGGUAUCAUAAUACACAAUUAUUAACAAUGAUGAUUCCGUCCACAUCAUCAUCGACAACGAUUCUGCAGGAGAAUUUGGAUUCUAGAUAUCGUUUUCUUGAUCAUGAUCAUAUACUACAAAUACGUAAUGUUGGUCGUGAAGAUAAAGGAAUGUUUCAAUGUAUCGUCAGUAAUGAAUUUGAAUCGAUUCAAGCUACUGGUGAAUUAUCGUUGGUUGAUGAUCCACCAUCGUUUGUAUCCGUAUUCAACAUUGCUGAACCAUUAAGGCCAGGCAAAUCACUUUCAUUGAAAUGUUCAGCAAUCGGUACACCAUUACCACAAAUUAUUUGGACAUUAGAUGGUCAAACUUUACAAGAACAUGGCCGAAUCAGAGUUGGUGAUUAUGUUAGUGCCGAUAAUGUUGUGAAUAGUUUUGUCAAUAUAACCUCAUUACGAAGUGAAGAUGGUGGCAUUUAUUCAUGUACAGCAUCAAAUGAUAUCCAUUCUAUAAGUCAUUCAAGCCGUAUCAAUGUUUUUGGUGCUGCAUCAGUUCGUUCGAUGAAAAAUUUCACUGCCAUUGCUGGGCAUAAUCUUCAAUUACAUUGUCCAGCCGCUGGAUAUCCAAUAGAAUCGAUUGAAUGGUAUAAAAAGUCUACGAAUCAUAUGAACGAUAUUCAUCAAUCAUCAAUCAAUCGUUUGCCACAAAAUCAUCGACAAAAAACAUUUCCAAAUGGAACAUUGAUUAUUGAACGUAUUGAACGUGGAUCAGAUGACGGUGAAUAUCGUUGCCAAGUAACAAGUGAAUCAAAUGUGGCUAGUGCUGACACUUUUAUACGGGUACUAGUUGCACCAUUGAUAAAUCCAUUUCAUUCACCGCCAAAUCUCCGUGAAGGAAUGCGUGUAAUGCUUACCUGUUCAGUGGUUGAAGGUGAUCCACCAUUAAUGAUUCAAUUCCUUAAAGAUGGUAUACCUAUUUCAAUGAAACAACAACAAACAACAAGUGCCUUAGUAGAAAAUCAUCAUAUGAAAUUUGAUAGAACCAAUGAUUAUUCUGCUACAUUGUUCAUCGAAUCGGUUACGAAUGAAGAUUCAGGAAAUUAUAGCUGUAUUGUAUCAAAUAAUGCAGCAAUCGCUACAUAUUCCAUUUUUAUGAAAGUGAAUGUUCCACCUAAAUGGAUUAUCAUGCCAAAAGAUAUUGAAGCCAUCGAAGGACAAAAUAUAGCCAUUGAUUGUUCGGCCACUGGUGAUUCCAGAGUAUGGUGGGAACGUGCAUAUGAAAAAUCAUUAUCACCACCAAUGCAUUCGAAAUCGACAUUGUCAUUGAUGAAAAAUGGUGGCAAUCACAAUAUUUCGAAACAACAAUCAUCAACGAUGAAUCAUUUUCGUACGGUCGUCAGUAAUUCACACAUACAUACAGCAGAAAAUGGAAGUUUAAUAUUUCGUGAUAUUCAAUAUGAUGAUUCAGGCACUUAUCUUUGUCAGGCAAAUAAUGGUGUUGGUUCUGGUUUGAGUAAAGUAAUUAAAUUAAAAGUACAUGUUCCUGCAUAUUUUAAAAAUAAAUUUUCAUCACAAACUGUACGACAUGGUGAAUCUGUUGAAUGGAGUUGUGAAGUCAAUGGCGAACAAACGAUUGAUUUGCAAAUUUCUAAAGAUCGAAUGAUUUUAGAUUUUGUUCCUAUCAAUAAUAAUGAGGAUAAUUCGUUAAAAUCAAAUUCUGACACAAAAAUUCUUCAUUCUGAUAAUCGAUAUAAUCUGAUACGAAAAUUACAAAACGAUCAUCUUGUGUCAUAUAUCAUAAGAAUUGAUCAAGUUGAUCGUCGUGAUUCAUCGUUAUUCACCUGUGUUGCAUCAAAUCCAUAUGGAAAAGAUGAAUAUAAUUUUCAGCUGAUAGUUCAAGAGCCACCAGAACCACCGGAAAAUCUUCAUGCAUUGGAAAUUGAAAGCAGAAAUGUAGUCAUUGCAUGGUCACAACCGUAUUCUGGUAAUAGUCCAAUCGUAGCAUAUCAUGUUGAAUAUCGACUAUGGAUGGAUUCAUCGACAUCUUGGUCCAAUGUUCACCACACGUCUAAUCAAUCUACAAUUGUUGAACAUAAUACUGCUGCAAUGAUUAGUAAAUCAUUACCGCCAGGAACAAUUUAUCGUAAAACAUUACCAGGAACCGAAACAUCAAUAAAUCUAAGAUCAUUACAGCCAAUGUCAACAUAUGAGAUACGAGUUCAAGCUGAAAAUCAAAUAGGUUUUGGUUCAUUUCAGCUAACACCAUUGAAAAUAAUGACAAAAGAAGAAGCACCAUCGGGACCACCAUUGAAUAUUCGAGUGUUUCCAGCCAGUGCUCAUACAUUACAGAUUUCAUUUCAACCACCUAGAUUGGAAAAUCAAAAUGGUCAAAUACUUGGCUAUUAUGUUGGUUAUAAAGCGGUGGAUUUGGAUGAACAUUUUAUGUUUAAAAAAAUUCUUGAAGAUAAUAAUCGAUCUAUUCAAAUGAAAGAGAUUAACAUUACUGAUUUACGUCGUUACUGAUUUACGUCGUGCUACUAAAUACGUGAUCAUUGUACAGGCAUUCAAUAGGAUUGGUCCUGGACCACAAUCCGAAGAAAUUGUCGG